UUCUCUUAGCUUCUGUUUGAGAAAAUCCAGAGACCACAUUGCAAACUGCAAUCCCAACACUCAUCCAUCACCUUUCUUUCUUUCUUAGCUGCACUUCAGAUUCAACCAUGGCUGCAAAACUUUAUGGUGGAGCUUACCUCUCUUCCUUUGUUAAUGCUGUUUUGGACAACCUGUCUUUAAUACUUGAGGAUGACUACUGUAUCCUCAAUGGAAACCACUCUGCCAUUGAGUUGCUUGAAAGGUUGCAAAAUUGUCUAUAUGAUGUUGCACCUGUUCUUGAUGAUGCUGAGCUGAAGCAGUUUACUGACAAGAGAGUCAAGAAGUGGCUUGUUGAUCUCCAAGAUGCUCUCUAUUUCGCUGAUGACUUGCUCGAUGAACUCUCCACUAAAGCCGCCACUCAAAGGGAUCCAGGAGAGUGCCAAGGUGGACAUGUCAUGGAGAAUUCCAUCCACAUCUCUCCUUGAACCAUCGGAGAUAUGUGGCAGGAAAGAAGACAAGGAGGCCAUACUGAAACUGUUGUUGGAUGGUGAUGAUGCUGGUGAUGAUGAUUUAUCUGUGAUUCCCAUUGUGGGCAUGGGCGGAAUAGGAAAAACUAGUUUGCCAAUGGGUUUACCACAAUGACAAAGUAAAGGAGAAUUUUGAUUUUCGAGGUUGGGUUUGCGUGUCAGAAGAGUUUGAUGUUGUCAAGGUUACUAAGACUAUAAUCGAGGCAAUAACUUCGAGUUCUUGCAACUUGACGGAUUUGAAUUUACUUCAGCUUGAUUUAAAGGAAAAAUUGUCAAGACAAAAGUUCUUCAUUGUCUUAGACGAUGUAUGGAAUGAAAAUUAUGAUGAUUGGAAUAAGCUUCUAAAACCUUUUCAGAAUGGGGUUAAGGGAAGUAAAAUUCUCAUAACUACACGAAAUAAGAAUGUAGCGAAUGUAGCUUCCGUAGUACAAACUGUUUCACUUCAUGAAGUAAGGUCAUUGUCUGAUGAAGACUGUUAUUCCCUAAGGAUUAUGAAUUUAGCAAAGAUGAAAUGAUACUGUUAUGGAUGUCAUAGUUAAAGUACCUGCGAGCUUUGUCGUUCAACGGCUUUCCUCUCUUAAGUCACUACCUGAUUCAAUAGGUGAGUUGAUUCAUUUGCGUUACUUGGAUCUCUCUUUGACCGACAUUGUGACAUUGCCGGAGUCAUUGGGUAACCUGUACAACUUGCAGACCUUGAAGUUGAAUUUCUGUAGAAAUCUGAAAAUGCUACCUGUUGGCAUGAAAGACCUUCUAAAUUUGCGCCAUCUUGAUAUUAGACAAACUGCUUUGCAUGAGCAAGUUGAAAAAUUUGCAGUUUUUAAGUAACUAUGUUGUUGGGAAGCAUGAAGGGAACAAGGUCACAGAAUUGGGAGCAUUUGCAAAUCUACAGCAAUCUAUUUCCAUUGCGAAAUUGGAGAAUGUGAUCGACGGCAGUGAAGCUUUGAUGGCAAGGAUGUUUGAUAAGGAUGGCAUUAGCUUUUUGUGCUUGUGGUGGUCAGUAGAUAAAGAUGAGAACACGACUGAUUCCCAAGUAGAAAGAGAUAUACUCGACAAGUUACAACCUCAUAGUAAUUUGAAAGAACUAAAAAUCGGGGAUUAUAGGGGUACAAUAUUUCCAGAUUGGUUUGGACAUUCUUCCUACCAUAACAUCACCAAAAUAAAACUGAGUUAUUGUAGGAUUUGUUGCAUGCUUCCUUCACUUGGACAAUUGCCCUCUUUGAAGCACCUAUACAUUUUAGAGUUUGACAGUGUGGGAAUUGUAGGUGCUGAGUUUUACUUUUACCAGAAUGGUGAAUCUUGUUUAGAGACACCACCAUUCCCAAUGCUUGAAACUCUUUCGUUUAGUUCAAUGCCUUGCUGGAAGGAGUGGCAUUCAUUGGAGUUGAUAACAGAAGGAUUUUGUAAUCCAACAACUUCAACAGGUAACUCUUUCUUUCUUUCUAUCUCUCUCUCUCUCUCUCUCACACACACACACACAACAUUAUUCUUAGGGUAAAAAACCAUAUUAAGCCAAAUGAGUCAAAAAAUAACGUAAAUACGUCAAAGCAAAAAUCGUUUCAGCAAUAAGCCAGAAGCUAUUUUUAUAUAAUUCGAACCAGCUUGGUUCGAACUCCAUUUCUACA